CUCCCGCCCAGGGCGGGCGCUGUCCCGGUCACGGAGCAGGCGCACAGCCCGGCCCCGCCACCCACGACCCCUCGGCAAGGAAGGAUGGCGGCGGUGUUGUGUCAGGGGCGGCGUGGCGUCUGCGGCGGGGCCGCGACCUGCUUCUCUGGCCUCGGGCGGUUUUUCAGCCGUGGCACAAAUGUGUUAUAUGAGGAGAGCAAUGCACCACAAGCUGCCUUCUUUGCACCUCUUAAAAAAGUUAUGUUGCCGCCAAAUACCUUUCAGGGGAAAGUGGCCUUUAUAACUGGUGGAGGUACUGGGAUUGGCAAAGGGAUAACAACAGCUUUGUCCAGUUUAGGUGCCGAGUGUGUUAUAGCAAGCCGGAAGCUCGAUGUUUUGAAAGGAACAGCAGAAGAAAUCUCUUCUAAAACAGGGAAUAAGGUUCAUGCCGUCCAGUGUGAUGUGAGAGAUCCAGUUGCAGUUAAGAAUGCUGUUGCUGAAGUAAUCCAAGUGGCAGGACAUCCUAAUGUUGUGAUAAACAAUGCAGCUGGAAACUUUGUUUCCCCUUCUGAGCGACUUUCUGCUAAUGCAUGGAAAACAAUAACUGAUAUUGUACUUAAUGGGACUGCUUUUGUAACUUUGGAAAUUGGAAAGGAGCUUAUUAAAGCACGAAAAGGAGCAGCAUUCUUGGCUAUUACAACAAUUUAUGCAGAGAGUGGUUCAGGAUUUGUCAUGCCUAGUGCCUCUGCCAAAGCUGGUGUAGAAGCAAUGAGCAAGUCUCUCGCAGCUGAAUGGGGUAAAUACGGCAUGCGAUUCAAUGUGAUUCAACCAGGUCCAAUAAAAACAAAGGGUGCUUUUAGCCGCCUGGACCCAACAGGUGCAUUUGAGAAGAUGUCUAUUGAGAGGAUUCCCUGUGGCCGCCUGGGAACUGUAGAAGAAAUUGCAAAUCUUGCUGUCUAUUUCUGCAGUGACUAUGCAAGUUGGGUUAAUGGAGCAGUUAUUAGAAUGGAUGGUGGAGAAUACGUUUCUAUGGCAGGAGAAUUCAAUGAGUUGAAGAAGGUUACCAAAGAGCAGUGGGAUGUAAUGGAAGCAAUGAUUAGAAAAACAAAAGGCUCCUGAAGGAUGAAACUAUAUGGUAGAGAUUUUUUUAAAAGAACUACUGCUUUUUAAUGAAUAUUUAGAAAUAACCAGUUGAGAAAUAACCUUCUAAAUAUUUUGUAUGCUGAUUUCAAUAAAAUUAUUUGAAAUGGUAA